CCGUAACGGAACGUUUCUGCUAUGCUUUCUGCUCGGACGUGCGGAAGCGGAGCCCGGAAGUCCUUCGCUGGAAGGUUCCGGGUUUCCUGGGCUACUACGAUGGCGAUGAGUUUCGAGUGGCCGUGGCAGUAUCGCUUCCCGCCCUUCUUUACGUUACAGCCGAACGUGGACACUCGGCAGAAGCAGCUGGCUGCCUGGUGCUCGCUGGUCCUGUCCUUCUGCCGCCUGCACAAACAGUCCAGCAUGACGGUGAUGGAAGCUCAAGAGAGCCCGCUCUUCAACAACGUGAAGCUACAGCGGAAGCUCCCUGUGGAAUCAAUACAGGUUGUAUUAGAGGAACUGAAGAAGAAAGGGAACCUUGAGUGGUUGGAUAAGAACAAGUCUAGCUUCCUGGUCAUGUGGCGGAGGCCAGAAGAAUGGGGGAAACUCAUCUAUCAGUGGGUUUCCAGGAGUGGCCAGAACAACUCCGUGUUCACCCUGUAUGAACUGACCAAUGGGGAAGACACAGAGAAUGAGGAGUUCCAUGGGCUGGAUGAGGCAACCCUACUGCGGGCUCUGCAGGCCCUCCAGCAGGAACACAAGGCCGAGAUCAUCACUGUCAGCGAUGGCCGAGGUGUCAAGUUCUUCUAGCAGAGACUUGCUUCUCUUUACAUAUUACCUCCCACCCUUCCAGGGCUUUCAAAAGGAGACAGACUCAGUGUCUCCACAGGCUGGAUCUGUGACUACCAGACUCAAAAGGGCUCUAGUCCGGGGGUGGGUUUCCCAUUCACCCCAUGUGUCUGUCCCUGGGAUAGGGCAAGGCCGAGGUGCCAGGGAGAAAAUAUGUGCUUCUCCUUGCCCUACCUCUUCUGUCCUAGAUUGCCCCUGAGCCAGGGUCAGUAAACCUAACACUUCACAUGUGUUCACACACAGAAGUACAUACAUGCACCUGCACAAGCUUCUGUCUCUUCCCCCUCCAACCCCCUAGCUGCUGUUGCCUCCCCUCCAGGCUGGUGCUGGAUUCUUCCCAGGGGAGGGGAGAAACCCUGGCUGCAGGCAGCCUUCCAGUCAAUAUGAAGAUAGGAGGCCCAGGAAGGGCCCUGGCAGUGAGGCCGGGCUGGACACUGAUUUAUGAUAUUAAAAAACUCAAAUCCGC